UUCACUUCAGUAAUUUUCACUCUUAAUUUCUCCCAUUUUACUCCCCAGCUCUCCACUGCAUAUCUGAAUUAUUUGUAUAGCUUAUAUUUGUUUUGGCAAGUGCAUUAGGAAUCUCAUAAUUUCGUACAGUGGUCCUUCGAUAAUCGUAGUUCUCGAGAGUCGUAGAUUUCGCUAAUCAUAGAUUGACUCAGGAAUAGUAGGUUGUCCGGGACGCGUAUGCACGGUGUUAGCCGGGGCAGCCUCCCUACCCAGCCAGUCUGGCAUUGUUUACCAGAGAGUGAAGGUCCCCUCACGUGCUCCUAUGAAAUAUUUCAUAAUAUUCCACUCAUUUUAGUGCUUGCAAGUACUAAAUAAGCUACCAUGGCUCCAAAGAAAGCUCCUAGUGCCAAGCCUUUGGUAAAGAAGGUGAGAAAUACAAUUGAAUUUAAGAAAAACAUCAUUGAACAAUAUGAAAGUGGCUUAAGUGCGGCUGAACUGGCCAGGAUGUAUAACAAACCCUACACAACCAUAUGUUCCAUCAUGGCCAAGAAAAAGGAAAUCAAGGAGGCUGUUGUUGCAAAGGGGGUAAAUAUGCUGACAAAAAUGAUAUCACCAGUACUCAAAGAGGUUGAGAAGUUAUUAUUGGUGUGGAUAGAUGAGAAACAGUUAGCAAGAGAUAGUGUUAUGACGUCGAUUAUUUGUGAAAAGGCUAGGCAGUUGCACGACGAUCUGGUAAAGAAAUUACAUGCAAAUAGUGGUGAUGUGAGUGAAUUUAAGGCCAGCAAAGGUUGGUUUGAGAGAUUUAAGAACUGUACUGGCAUACACAGUGUGGUAAGGCAUGGUGAGGCUGCCAGUUCGGGCCAUAAAGUGGCUGAAAAAUAUGUGCAUGAGUUCAAGGAGUACAUAAACAGUAAAGGACUGAAACCAGAACAAGUGUUCAAUUGUGACAAAACAGGCCUCUUUUGGAAGAAAAUGCCAAAGAGGACCUACAUUACACAGGAGGAAAAGGCACUGCCAGGACACAAGCCUUUGAAAGACAGGCUGACGCUCAUGUUCUGUGCUAAUGCUAGUGGGGAUUUCAAAGUGAAGCCGUUACUAGUGUACCAUUCUGAAAAUCCCAGUGUGUUCAGGAAAAACAAUGUUAUGAAGAGUAAAUUGUGUGUGUUUUGGAAAUCUAAUAGUAAGGCAUGGGUCACGAGGGAAAUUUUCGUCGAGUGGUUCAAUGAAGUGUUUGGCCCUAGUGUGAAGAAUUACCUCCUGGAAAAGAAAUUGGAUCUCAAGUGCGUCCUAGUAAUGGACAAUGCACCUGCUCAUCCUCCAAACUUGGAUGACCUAAUUUUCUAAGAGUUUGGGUUCAUCACAGUAAAGUUCUUGCCCCCGAAUACCACUCCUCUCCUCCAGCCCAUGGACCAGCAGGUCAUUGCAAACUUUAAAAAACUCUACACCAAAGCAAUAUUUCAAAGGUGCUUGAAUGUGACCUCAGACACUCACUUGACCCUAAGAGAUUUUUGGAAAGAACACUUCAGCAUCCUCCAUUGCAUAAUAAGCCUUAUAGGUAAGGCUUGGGAGGGAGUGACUACCAGGACUUUGAACUCUGCUUGGAGAAAAUUGUGGCCAGACUGUGUUGACAAGAGGGAUUUUGAAGGGUUUGGGACUGACCCUGAUGAGCCUAUGUCUGUUGUUAAAUCUAUUGUGGCACUGGGGAGUUCCAUGGGGUUGGAUGUGAGUUUGGAGGAUGUGGAAGAGUUGGUGGAAGACCACAACGAAGAGCUCACCACUGAGGAGCUGCAAGAUUCAGCAGGAAGAGCAACAGAUCGCAGCUCAGAAUCUUGCUGCAGAGAAGGAGGAAGAGAGAUGGAAGAAGGUGUCUUCUUCAGAAAUUAAGGAGAUUUUUGCAAUGUGGGGUAAGAUGGAAAGAUUUAUGGAGAAACAUCACCCUGACAAGGCUGUUGCAAGCCAUGUUGGCAACAUGUACAGUGACAAAGUCUUGGGCCAUUUUAGAGAAGUGUUAAAGAGACACCAGAAACAGAGCUCUCUGGACAGUUAUUUUGCAAAACAGGACUCCAGCGACUCUCAAGCUGGUCCUAGUGGCAUUAAGAAACAGAGAAGAGAAGCAACCCCAGAAAAGCAAUUGGUACCUGAGGUGUUGCUGGAAGGGGAUUCCCCUUCCAAACUGUAAAUAAUCCAAUCUCUCUCCUCCUCCAGUCUCCCAUAUACUAAGAAGAAUCUCCAAUAAAGGUAAGUGUUAUGCUGUUAAUGUUUCAUUCAUCAUUUCCCAUUGUAUUGUUUAUGUACUACAUCUAUAUUUCAUUAAAAAAAUUUUUUUUUAAUACUUCUGGGUGUCAGGAACGGAUUAAUUGUAUUUACAUUAUUUCUUAUGGGGAAAAUUCAUUCGAAAAUCGUAGAUUUCGAUAAUAGUAGCUCCUCCAGGAAUGGAUUAAAUACAGUAAACAAGGGACCACUCUACUUUGUCGAGAGUUAGCCACACCACAUGCCUUUAUAAAAUGCAUAACCCACCAUUCUUCCUACCUCCCUUCUGCAUAUUUAAGUUGUUACAUCAUCAGAUGCAUUAAACUUGAUCUUUGGUAUACACUAUGGUUGUUGGGUGUAGGCGUGAUGGGUUCUUAUUUGUUGGGUACAAAAUGGGUUCUUAUUUGUUGGGUACAAAAAAGUUAAGAAAUGUAUGGUAGAUUUUUGAAUAGAGAUGCUCAGCUUUUUUUUUUUUGUGAUCAAAUAUAUAUGCCAACAAGGUCUGUUGAACUAGCAAAAUGUGACAAUUAGUAAUGAUUGCAGUAAAUUAAUGAUAUUAGCCAUUUUAUAUUAAAAGUACUGAAUAACCACACAGUUCUAGGGUUUUGUAAAUUGUUACUCUCUAUUUUUUAACAUAUAAUAUCUUGAAACCAAGCAUCUGUUCAAGUUUCUUAUCUAAAUGCUUAGAGUGGUUUUUGUUGUGGAAUUAUUUGAAGCUUGUGCAGCUUCAUUGAGGAUGUUGGUUCUAAACUAUUUAUAUUUUUGUUUACAGAUGGUGCAUCAGUGAAUGUGAUUAGUGAUAGUGACCCCAUAUAUGCCAUUGAGUUGCCUCCUCACAAGGUGCCCACACAAGAAAGUGGUGCCUUUAUCCUCAUCACUUGGGUUAAUGUAGUUCUUGCUGAACCUGAGAACAUAAGGUUUGGUGGUAUAUAUCAAAGUCAGGUGGUGCGUGAUGUCAGCUAUGUAGAUCUACAAAAACUACUACUUAAGGAGAUGAUGACAAUGGUUACCAAUGAUACGCUAACAUCUGAACAGGAAGCAAGUUUUCAUAAUACUGUUUAUUUCCACAGUUGUUGAGUAUAGUAAUGUAAACAAAUCUGUUUUAUAGCCAGGUUGGGCAUGGAAUUACAGUACAUUGACCUAUAUUGGAUAUGAAUCAUCUCAUUAGUGUGAAGUGUCAGUGGUUCAACAUCACUUUCAGAAACAUUGUUUUUAGAUAAAUUUGCUUACAGAAGAGAGAAAUCUCUCAGCCCACAGCACACUUAUUGUGAUAAGUGUACUGUUGGCUGUGUCCUUACUGCCUUUAAUAUUUUGGUGUCUAGUGCUCUCAGUAUUUUUCUUACCUAAAAACUUCAUUUUUUGAUGAAAAAUUUACAUCACUGUUUGCCAGUGUCUAUGUAUCUCUGAGAGGAGAUUGAGAAAUGGGCUUGUCUUUUUAUUCAUCAUUUCUAGCAGUGUCAGUCAUGGCAUUUAGUUAAUAGCUUUAUGAUUAAAAGAGAACUUUCAAAGUAAACUACUUAAUAUUGAGAAAGGACAUAGUUGGAAAGAAGAGAUAGAGUAGUAGUAAUAUAACUACAAGCAGUACAAGAAAAAUUCCUAACAAAUUCUGUAGAGAUGAUAAUGUUUGAUAUUCAAAGUGAAGAUGAGGAGCUCUGUCAUAAAUGCUUAUGAUCCAACUUUUAAUAACAGACAGGAGGGGAAAUUUGAUAAGGUAAAUAAAGUACUGGUACUACAAAAUCAAGCAGGCAAAAAGUUAAAAUUUACAGUACUUUACUUUCAAAAAAUUGUACAAAUACAUUAACACAGUGCAGUUAGUUAAAAUAUCUGUAGCAUGCACAGUUUUAGAUCAGAGAUUCUGUAUUAAGCUUCUAUGAUAGUCCCCAAAGUCUAACAAGAUAGAUGUUCAUGGGCAUAUUACAGCCUAACACAUCGGCUGUUUCCCACCAAGGCAGGGUGACUUGAAAAAGAAGAAACACUUUCAUUAUCACUCAUCAUUGUCGUGCCAGAGGCAAGAUAUAGUGAUAUCUCCACCCCUUCCUUCAGAGCACAAGCACUGUACUUCCCACCUCCAGGACUCAAGUCCAGCUAACCAGUUUCCCUGAAUCCCUUCAAAAAUGUUACUUUGCUCACACUCCAACAGCACUUCAAGUCAUAGAAACCAUUUGCCUCCACUUGCUCCUAUUUAACACGCUCACACACACUUGCUGGAAGUUUAAGCCCCUCACAUACAAAACCACCUUUACCCUCUCCCUCCAACCUUUUAGGAUGACUCCUACCCUGCCUUCCUUCCACUACAGAUUUAUAUGCCUUCCAAGUCAUUCUAUUUCGUUCCAUCCUCUCUAAAUAUCCGAACCACCUCAACAACCCCUCCUCAGCAGUAUUAGGUUUCCUAAGUGUUACAAGAUAAAUUACUUAUUGAUUUUGUUAGUGUAUUAUUAAGUAACCUCGACUGCAGUAUUUUAUUCCGAUCUGAGGGAUAGUUUUGGCGAUUUAAACUUUCUAUUUUAGUUUUCUUCACAAGGCUGUAUCUUUAUAACAUUUCUGCAUGUUAUUGUGAAAUUUUAUUAAAACCCAUUCUCCAGUAUAUAAAUACAAGCAGGCCCUGCUUUAUAGCGCUUCACUUUACAGUGUUUUGCUGAUGCAGUGGUUUUCAGUUAUACCCAUUUUCAAUUAUUCAGAUUCGGACUUCCUACAAUAAAUAUAUUCACCACUGAAUAUAAACCAAAGACAAAAAUAUUUUGAGGUAAGGCCUAUCUCAAUUGCUCACUUAAUAUAUCAUAAUGUAAAUGUGUUAUCAGGCAUUUAUAUGCAUUUGAAAGCAAAAAAAAGCUGUGAUUCACUUUACAGCAGUAGUCUGGAACCUAACCUGUUGUAUAAGCAGGGCCCUUCUGUUCAUUACAAAAAAAGGCCCCUGCUACUGAGGAUGUUCCACACUUGUGUGAUAUACCGUCAACAGUUAGAACAAGAGGCCAGGUUUUGACAGCUUUGCGGGUCUGCAGGCCAUUAGCAGAAACAACCUGGUUCGCUAGGUAGUCAGCAAGAGAGUCUGGCCUCAGGCUGGGCUGCAAGGGUAGAAAAAAUUGGUCACAGAUAUGUCAUAGUUUUAAACUAAGAAUAAAGCAGUGCAGAAAUGACACCAGAAAAUAUUUCUUUGCAAAUAUAAUAGUAGAUUACUGUAAUGAUAUCCAAGAGAAAAUAGUAUGUUCUACAAGCUCUGAGAACCUUAAAUAAUUACACGUAUGUGGCAAACUAAAUUGAAGAUGGGACACUUAAAGCAUGGUUCUUCUCUAACUUCAAAUAGGUUAUCAAACAGUCAGAUAUGUAGAACAAGAGCGGAAGAAUGCAAUUUCAGAAUGUAACAUUGGCACCAUCUUCAAGAUGUUCUGCAUAUGUUCCAGGAUGUAGGUUAAAACAAAGGGGUGGAAUAGAGAAAUGCAUUGCCCUCUACCAGUGGACAAGAAUACCUGCAUUUCAAGUUGAUUCUAGACAAGAUUUCACACUCCAGCUCACCUCUUCUCACAUGGCAGAGGCCGUAGCCUCAAAACAAUAUUUCUUCAAGAGGAACAUAUGAAUCUGGUUAUGAUCUGGUCUCUUAACCUUGCAGACCUGUUCAUGUCCACAACAAACCUCAUCUAUCUGUCCUUCACCUUGUAGACUUUCCUGCUAACUUGUGCUACUUGUCGCAUUUUCACCUCUGUGACUGGCAGAAUUAUAUAUUCAUCGCCUAGAUAAGAACUUUAAUGUAAAUUGGUUGGCUAACAUUUUUAAAACAAUGUGCUAGUUUUAGGCUCAAAAAUGAUAAACAGCUCUUAGGUGUAUAUAUAUUGGAAUAGAUAUUCCCACAUCUGCAUUUACACUCCUCCAGGGAUUUUGUAACAUUAAAGAAAUACAGUAAUAUAUGCAUUCUAAAGUAACAUAUGGAUUCUAAAUAAAAGUUGCAAAGGUUAGUGGAUGAAUUUGGGAGGGUGUGUAAAGGUAGAAAGUUGAAAGUGAACAUAGUUAAGAGUAAGGUGAUGAUGGUAUCAAAUAAUUUAGAUAAAGAAAAAUUGGAUAUCAUAUUGAAGGAUAGAAGUAUGAAAGAAGUGAAUGUUUUCAGAUAUUUGGGAGUUCAUUUGUCAGUGUAUGGGUUUAUGAAGGAUGAAGGUUAGCCAUAGAAUUGAUGAAGAAAAAAAGGUGAGUGGUGUGUUGAGGUAUCUGUGGAGACAAAAAACAUUAUCCAUGGUGGCAAAGAAGGGAAUGUAGGAGAGUAUAGUGAUACCAACUCUCUUAUAUGGGUGUGAAGCAUGGGUUGUAAAUGCUGCAGCGAGGAGGCGGCUGGAGGCAGUGGAGAUGUCAUGUCUAAGGGCAAUGUGUGGUGUAAAUAUUAUGCAGAGAAUUCAUAAUGUGGAAAUUAGGAGGAGGUGUGGAAUUACUAAAAGUGUUAGUCAGAGGGCUGAAGAGGGGCUGUUGAGGUGGUUUGGUCAUUUCAAGAGAAUGGAAUAAAGUAGAAUGACUUGGAGAAUGUAUUAAUCUAUUGGGGAAGUAAGGCAGCUUAGGGGUCAUCCUCAAAAAGGUGGGAGGGAGGGGGUAAAGAAGGUUUUGUGGGCUAGGGGCUUGGAUUUCCAGCAAGUGUGUGUGUGUGUUAGUUAGUUACCAUUUUGUCCUAGGCACAUGUCGAUUAGACACUAGGCCUGUUGUAUAUGAGUACGUGUGUGUGUGUGUUAGUUACCAUUUUGUCCUAGGCACAUGUUGAUUAGACACUAGGCCUGUUGUAUAUGAGUAUGUGUGUGUGUGUGUGUGUGUGUGUGUGUGUUAGAUAGGAGUGAGUGGAGAUGAAUGGUUUUUGGGGCCUGACUAGCUGUUGGAUUAUGAGAAGGGUAAUAUUUUGUGAAGGGAUUCAGGGAAAUCGGUUAGCCAGACUCGAGUCCUGGAAAUGGGAUGUACAAUACCUGCACUUUAAAGGAGGGGUUUAGGAUAUUGGCAGUGUGGAGGGAUGACUAAACUGUCAUAUUCGAGAGCCUCUGCAAAGACAGUGAUUAUGUAUGAGUGAUGGUGAAAGUGUUGAAUGAGGAUGAAAGUUUUUUCCUUCUUUUUGGGCUUUUCUUUCUUUUUGGCUCGCCCUGCCUCUUGGUUUUAGUUCUUGAACGCCUUAACUCAUUCGGUGAUUUUUCUAAAGAUGUUUAGUCUAAGAAAAUUAUAUACUAUAUGCAGUGGAACCUCUACUUGCAAGUACAUCCACGUGCGAGUUUUUCCAAAUACGAGCAGUCGAUGGGUCGAUUUUUUGUUUCCAUAUGCGAGCAAAAUUUCCAUAAGCGAACAGACCUCAAGGCAGGUUCCUUGACGCUGGUGAGGGGCUCUUGCUCUUGAUCUAGGGAAUUGUAUCUCAUUUGUUGGGCAAUGUAUGAUGGAAAGAUGCUUCUUAACGUACACCAAAAAUGAAAAAAAUCUAAGCAUAAAUAAUGGAGUUCACUUCUCGGCAAUUAGCCACCCCUUAGCGGUAUUUUCGUAUGGUUUUUAUGGUUGUAUCCUUGUUUUUUUGGUCUCAUUUGAUAGAAUGGAAGAUAUAUUACAGAAAUAGAUAUGAUUUUGAUUGCUUUCACGACGAUUUCAUCAUUGCUUAGUUAAUCUUAAGUUAAUUUUAAGCCAGCCCGUAAUGCUAUGCAUAUAAGUGGCUUUGGCAUGCUGCUCUUACCUGUAUUUUUUUUUUGUACCUCUGUAUGUAUGCUAAAAUUUCUAAAUAAAUAAAUAAAAGUACCUUGAAAUUGAGUUCAACACAGGAGAAAUGUUUGAUUGUUUUGGCUAUGUUCAAGAGUAAACAAAUGACGUCACUGUCAAUUCCAAUAUGCAGUCGUGAAUGGGUUGACAUUAUUUAUACAACUAUUGCAAUAUGGCAUAAUAGUAAAUCUUAUAUAUUUUGUGUGAAUAAAAAUUACAAAUUAUUUAUGUUGUAAUAAUAAUAAUAAUAAUAAUAGUAGUAGUAGGUUGGUAGACAGCAACCUCCCAGGGAGGUACUACCGUCCUGCCAAGUGAGUGUAAAACGAAAGCCUGUAAUUGUUUUUACAUGAUGGUAGGAUUGCUGGUGUCUUUUGUCUGUCUCAUAAAUAUGCAAGACUACAGGUAUGUCUUGCUACUUCUACUUACACUUAGGUCACACUACACAUACAUGUACACGUUUAUUUAUACACACUCAUCUGAGUUUUCUUUGAUUUUAUCUUAAUAGUUCUUGGUCUUAUUACUUUUCGUUUUAUAUCCAUGGGGAAGUGGAAUAAGAAUCUUUCCUCCGUAAGCCAUGCAUGUUGUAAAAGUCAACUAAAAUGCCGGGAACAAUGGGCUAGUAACCUCUUUUCCUGUAAAGAUUACUAAAAAGAAUAAUAAGAAGAAAAUUGUCAAAGUGGGAAGUCUGAAUGUGCGUGGAUGUUGUGCAGAUGAUAAGAAAGAGAUGAUUGUGGAUGGGUUUUGAAUGAGAAGAAGCUGGAUGUCCUGGCUUUAAGUGAAACAAAGCUGAAGGGGGUGGGAGAGUUUCAAUGGAGAGGAAUAAAUGGGAUUAGGUUAGGGGUUUCAAAUAGAGUUAGAGCUAAAGAAGGGGUAGCAAUAAUGUUGAAGGAUAAGCUAUGGCAGGAAAAGAGGGACUAUAAAUGUAUUAAUUCAAGGAUUAUGUGGAGUAAAAUAAAGAUUGGAUGUGAAAAGUGGGUUAUAAUAAGCGUGUAUGCACCUGGAGAAGAGAGAAGUGUAGAGGAGAGAGAAAAGAUUUUGGGAAAUGUUGAGUGAAUGCGUGGGGAGUUUUGAAUCAAGUGUGAGAGUAAUGGUGGUUGGGGAUUUCAAUGCUAAAGUGGGUAAAAAUGUUAUGGAGGGAGUAGUAGGUAAAUUUGGGGUGCCAGGGGUAAAUGUAAAUAGGGAGCCUUUAAUUGAGCUAUGUGUAGAAAGAGAUUUGGUAAUAAGUAAUACAUAUUUUAUGAAACAGAGGAUAAAUAAAUAUACAAGGUAUGAUGUAGCACGUAAUGCAAGUAGUUUAUUGAAUUAUAUAUUGGUGGAUAAAAGGUUGAUGGGUAGGCUCCAGGAUGUACAUGUUUUUAGAGGGGCAACUGAUAUAUUGGAUCAUUAUUUAGUUGUAGCUACAGUUAGAGUAAGAGGUAGAUGGGAAAAGAGGAAGGUGGCAACAACAAGUAAGAGGGAGGUGAAAGUGUAUAAACUAAGGGAGGAGGAAGUUCGGGUGAGAUAUAAGCGACUAUUGGAAGAAAGGCGGGUUAGAGCAAAGAUGAGUAGUGGGGGGGGUUGAAGAGGGUUGGAAUAGUUUUAAAAAUGCAGUAUUAGAAUGUGGGGCAGAAGUUUGUGGUUAUAGGAGGGUGGGGGCAGGAGGAAAAAAGGAGUGAUUGGUGGAAUGAUGAAGUAAAGGGUGUGAUAAAAGAGAAAAAGGUAGCUUAUGAGAGGUUUUUACAAAGCAGAAGUGUUAUAAGAAGAGCAGAGUAUAUGGAGAGUAAAAGAAAGGUGAAGAGAGUGGUGAGAGAGUGCAAAAGGAGAGCAGAUGAUAGAGUGGGAGAGGCACUGUCAAGAAAUUUUAAUGAAAAUAAGAAAAAAUUUUGGAGUUAAACAAGUUAAGAAAGCCUAGGGAAAGUAUGGAUUUGUCAGUUAAAAACAGAGUAGGGGAGUUAGUAGAUGGGGAGAGGGAGGUAUUGGGUAGAUGGCGAGAAUAUUUUGAGGAACUUUUAAAUGUUAAGGAAGAAAGAGAGGCGGUAAUUUCAUGCACUGGUCAGGGAGGUAUACCAUCUUUUAGGAGUGAAGAAGAGCAGAAUGUAAGUGUGGGGGAGGUACGUGAGGCAUUACGUAGAAUGAAAGGGGGUAAAGCAGCUGGAACUGAUGGGAUCAUGACAGAAAUGUUAAAAGCAGGGGGGGAUAUAGUGUUGGAGUGGUUGGUAUUUUUGUUUAACCCUUUCAGGGUCCGUCCCGUAGAUCUAUGGCUUUACGUUGAGUGUCCAAACCGUAGAUCUAUGCCAAAAUUCUAGCGCCGUCAAAUUUAGCGCGAAAACGCUCAUAGGCCUACCCUGUGAGAGAACGGGUCUGCGCGGUGGGUG